CUCGUCCCGGAGGAAGAGGGGACCGACCGGGCUGGAGACACGACGGGGCGGGGCCAGCCACUCAAGGUCCCCAGCAGGGGACGUCACCGCCCCAGGUGCAGAGGGCGGAGGGCGGGAACUGGCUCGCACCUCCCCGCGGAGCGCAUUCCCCACCUCCAGGCUCGCGGGCCGGCCCCCGGCUACCCUUUCUGACCCGGCCACACCUGGAACCGCACCCCGGGCAGGGCUGAGGCGGAGAGGGGCGGCCCCGGGUGGGACCUGGUCUGGAGGAUCCGUGGGGCGCCGGCGAGGUCCGGAGGCGAGGGUGCGGCGGAGCGAGGCGAUGGCGCGGAGCCCGGGCGGCCGGUGCGCGCUGCUGCUGCUGCUGCUGGUCUGCUUGGAUUUUGGAAAUGGACUCCACUUCGAGGUUUUCAGCACCAGUAAAGAAGACAAACUGGUCCCUAAGCACAGUCACUUGGUGCGGCAGAAGCGGGCGUGGAUCACAGCUCCUGUGGCUCUCCGGGAGGGAGAGGACCUUUCCAGAAAGAACCCAAUUGCCAAGAUACAUUCUGACCUUGCAGAAGAAAAAGGAAUAAAAAUCACCUACAAAUACACUGGGAAGGGAAUUACAGAGCCACCUUUUGGUAUAUUUGUCUUCGAUAAAAACACAGGAAACCUAAAUGUUACCAGCAUUCUUGACCGGGAAGAAACACCGUAUUUUCUGCUGACAGGCUACGCCCUGGACUCCAGAGGGAACAACCUGGAGAAGCCCUUAGAGCUACGCAUCAAAGUUCUCGACAUCAAUGACAAUGAGCCAGUGUUCCAGCAGGAUGUCUUUGUUGGGUCUAUUGAAGAAUUGAGUGCUGCCCACACACUCGUGAUGAAAGUCAUCGCCACGGAUGCGGAUGACCCCACUACCCGCAAUGCCGAAAUCGCCUACAGAAUUGUCUCUCAGGAGCCUGCCAACACUCCCGUGUUCUACCUCAAAAAGGACACAGGCGAGAUUUAUACAACCAGUUUUACUUUGGACAGAGAGGAACACAGUAGCUAUUCCUUGAUAGUGGAAGCAAGAGAUGCCGAUGGGCAGAUAACAGAUAAACCGGUACAGCAGGCUCAAGUUCAGAUUCAGAUCUUGGAUGUCAACGACAAUAUACCUGUGGUGGAAAAUAAAUUGUAUGAAGGGGUUGUGGAAGAAAACCAAGUCAAUGUGGAAGUCAUGCGUAUCAAAGUGACCGAUGCAGAUGAAAUAGGCUCAGAUAACUGGUUAGCAAAUUUUACGUUUACAUCAGGAAAUGAAGGGGGUUAUUUCCACAUUGAGACUGACACGCAGACUAAUGAAGGGAUUGUGACCCUUGUCAAGGAAGUGGACUACGAGACAAUGAAGGAUCUCAACUUCAGCAUCGUUGUCACUAAUAAAGCAGCUUUCCACAAGUCUGUUAGGAACAAGUUCAAGCCCACGCCCAUCCCCAUCACGGUCAAGGUCAAGAACGUGGUGGAAGGCAUCCAUUUCAAGAGCAACGUGGUCUCCGUCCGAGCCAGUGAGGCGAUGGAUAGAUCCAGCCUCAGCCGGUCGAUUGGAAAAUUUCAAGUUUUUGAUGAAGACACUGGACAAGCAGCCAAAGUAAAAUAUGCGAAAGUGGAAGACAUAGACAACUGGGUCUCCGUGGAUUCUGCCACUUCGGAAAUUAAGCUUGUAAAGAUUCCCGAUUUUGAAUCUAGAUAUGUCCAGAAUGGCACCUACACUGUAAAGGUUGUGGCCAUAUCCAGUGAUCAUCCUCAAAAAACCAUCACUGGCACCGUUGUUAUCACCGUUGAAGACAGCAAUGACAAUUGCCCCACGCUGGUGGAGCCAGUACAGAGUAUCUGCGAGGAUGCCCCUUACGUGAAUGUCACUGCCAAGGAUCUGGAUGGACCCCAGCACAGCGGGCCGUUCACGUUCUCCAUCCUCGACCAGCCGUCUGCAACAGCAGAGCAGUGGAAAAUAGUGCACCAGGAAGGGACCAGUGUGCUGCUGCGGCAAAGCGAGUGGAAGCUCGGGAGGAGUGAGGUCCCCGUCCUCAUUUCCGACAGCCAGGGCUUCAGCUGCCCCGAGACGCAGGUCCUUCAGCUCACCGUCUGUGAGUGUCUGAAGGGUGGUGGCUGUGCAGCAGCCCAGUAUGACAACUACGUUGGCCUGGGGCCCGCCGCAAUCGCUCUCAUGAUCCUGGCCCUGCUGCUCUUGCUGCUUGUACCGCUCUUGCUGCUGUUAUGCCACUGUGGAGAGGGCGCCAAAGGCUUCGCCCCCAUUCCCGGGACCAUAGAGAUGCUGCACCCUUGGAAUAAUGAAGGGGCACCUCCUGAGGACAAGGUGGUGCCUUCGCUUCUGGCGGCGGAUCACGCCGAGAAUUCAGCAGUGAGAAACGGACUAGGAGGUGCAGGCGGCGCGAUGAUCAAGGAAAGCCUGGUGAAAGGCAGUAGCUCAGCUUCCUUUACCAAAGCACAGCAUGAGAUGUCCGAUAUGGACGGGAGAUGGGAAGAACACAGAAGCCUCCUUACUGCCGGGGCCACUCAUCAAGUGGGGACGGCAGGAGUCAUAGCAGCCAAUGAAACACUAAGGAUAACAAGAGCCACCGGGGCUUCCGGAGGCAUGGGUGGGGCUCGGGGAGCUGCUGUGGCGAUGAAUGAGGAAUUCUUAAGAAGCUACUUCACAGAGAAAGCGGCCUCCUAUGCUGAGGACGACGACCUCCACAUGGCCAAAGACUGCCUCCUCGUUUACUCCCAGGAAGAGACGGACUCUCUCCGAGGCUCCAUUGGCUGCUGCAGCUUUAUCGAGGGAGAACGUGAUGACCUCUUCUUAGACGACCUGGGGUUUAAAUUCAAGACACUAGCCGAAGUUUGCCUGGGCCGAAAGAUCAAUUUGGAUGUGGACGUUGAACACAGGCAGAAGCCUGUCCAAGAAGCCAGCGUGAAGCCAGCGUCGGGCUCACACUACGAGCAAAUGAUGGUCAGCUCAGAGAGCACAUACUCCUCUGACCAUGGCUUCCAAGUCUCGAAACCUCUGCCUGAAGCACACACAGAGAAAGUCACGCAGGAAGUUGUCACCGAAAGCUCUGUGUCUUCCAGGCAGAGUCAAAAGGUAAUGCCACCAGCUCCUGAUCCCGUGGCUUCUGGUAACAUCAUAGUGACAGAAACUUCCUAUGCCACAGGCGCCACAGGGCAGCCCAGCACUGUGAUCCUGGGUCCUAGACAGCCGCAGAGCCUAAUUGUGACAGAGAGGGUGUAUGCUCCAGCCUCCACCUUGGUAGGUCAGCAUUAUGCCAAUGGCGAAAAUGUCGUUGUUACUGAACGACUGAUCCAGCCCAAUGGCGGCGUCCCUAAGCCCGUCGAGGUCACCCAGCAUCUGAAAGAUGCGCAGUAUGUCAUGGUGAGUGAAAGGGAGAGCAUCCUUGCCCCCAGCUCUGCCGUGCAGCCCACUCUGGUAAUGCCCAGUGUGGCAGCAGGACAGAACGUCACAGUGACAGAAAGAGUAGUGACCCCUGCUUCCACACUGCAGUCUGGUUACCAGAUUCCUAGCGAAACCUCUCUCAAGGCUAGGAAGACUGUGGUUUCCAGUGUGGGAGGCCUGGGCCCUCUGCAUAGUUCAGAGGAAUCUGGCCAUCGCAAUUCUACCGUAACCACAUCUUCCACCAGGGUCACCAAGCACAGCACCGUGCAGCAUUCUUACUCCUAAACAGAAACCAGCUGCAGUCUGACUGGAGCUUAACCGGCUUCGCUGGAUGUGUUUUCCCAUGCCCCUAACCUUAUAUGAGCCGUACAAAGGCCUACACACUGAAGUAGUCACUGAUGUACCAAGGGCCGCAGUGUCUCUGGAAAGGCUGCAUUUCAGAAAUACUCUGUGAUACUCAGGGGAUGGAGGGAAGAUGUUGGGCCCUAAGUGCCUUUUAGCACGCUAUGCAAGCAAUACUCACAGACCAGAGAAGAAAAAUUAGCUCCCAGGAACUUACCAAAUUAAAGCAUGGUUUCUAGUUCAUCCGGUCUAGAAGGAUGGGUCUCUGCACAGUGCAUUGAUACCCAGCAGGGACAGUCCCACCCCUUAUAUUAUAAAACCUCAUAGGUUACAGGUACCAAAUAGCUCGUCUACCCAGAGGAGCAUCUCCACUCUGGGCCUCUACUUCUGAUGCAGGUUCUCUUUAACUCUGGAACCCUGAGUAUCAUGGGAGGCCAGAAGGCAGAAACAGAAAAAAACUUGAUGCUCUUUUAAUUGUGUAAAUUGUUGGAACUUUAGAACACUGACAUGCUAAGAAUACAUAUUGUGUAUUUCUCUACACAUGGCAUGUAUGUACACAUGUCCUGUGAGCUUAAAAAAUGACUGCAUAGUUCUCCUUGUUUCUCAGAGGUCAUAAAAUAUUAAGCAUUUCACAUUCAGUUAAAUACUCCAGGACAGCCACCUGUAGUGACACGUGCCUUUUAGUCCCAGCACUUAGGAGGUAUCUGUGAGUUUGAGGUCAGCCUGGUCUAUAUAAAGAAUUCCAGGACAUUCAGACCUACAAAGAGAAACUCUGUCUCAAAGAAAAAAAAACAAUAAUAAUCUAGGAUAAAAUUCAUACUUAAUUUUUCUGUAAUGUGAUAAUAGUCUUUUUUAAACACUCAGCAUAUAUUUGUUAUAUAUUACAAUUUAAUGCACUUAGGGGCCGGGUUGAUGGCUCAGUGGUUAAGAGUACAUUACUACUCUUGCAGAGAGCACUGAUUCAGUUUCUGCCGUCCAGCUCCUAUGGCUCACUGCCACUGCUAAUCCCAACUCGGGGGUCUGAUGCCCCCUAAUGGCCUCCAGAGGCACUGCACUUACACAAUUCCAGGUAGUCAAGAGGCUGGCCCUAUCCCGCCCUGUAUUCACUGCUUCUUCUUCCUCAGGGCCUCACAUAGGUACCAAGCCAGUGUCUGGGGGUCAAACUGAGUCCCACAAACCACUCUUUGCUUACAACUAUUCAAACAUCAAAAGAACUCUGUUUUCACAAUUCUAAAUUCUGCUUUUUACCACUCUGACGUCUAAACGUAACUGAAGUUGAUAUACAUGAAGUAAAUAUUUUACCAUAAAAGCCUUGAAUUAUUGGAUCAGUUUCACUCAGCUUCCCUGCCUUGUUUCUUUAAAGAAAUCAUUGGAUUUGUUCAGCUCGUCUGUAGAAAGUAUUUUAUAAAUAAAAUUGUUUCUGAAAACAAUGUUUCAAAACAAAAAAUAAAAAACAUGUUUCAAAACCUAUAUGUAUAUUAGUAACAAUUUAUAUGUAUGCUUCCCACAAAAAAACCUGUUGAAAACAGUCAAAUUUCUCAAUAUUUUGCUAGAAAAAUGGGAAUUCUCCACUUAAACUUUUAUAGAUAUUUUUGAAAUAAUGUUUACAUGUGCCCCAUUGUGAAAACAUUUAUACCGCUAACUGACUGGUGAAGGGUUUUUACAAAUGGUCUGCUAGGGAGUGGAGGCCAACUUAUGUCUGCAACCUAGAACUGUUUACUUUCCGCACAGCAAGCUUCGUGUGGGUUUGUUUUGUUUCGUUUUGUUUUCGUUGUAAUUGCUGUUAUUUUCGCCGUGCUGCAGCGGGAAUCGUCCUACUGUGUGAAGCUACAAAUAUGGCCCAUGUGCUUAGGAAACCAAAACUCAGUCUAUAAUUUUCUCUGUGGGUAGGCUUGGGGCCCCACUUCUCAUCUGCACAUGUAUGGUCUUCCUCGUUGGUUUUCCUCGUUCCUAAAAGGGUGGUUGGGUGGCUUGUCAGUUUUUACAUUUGUUCCUUUGGAGGAUUGUAUUUGUGUGUGUGUUCAUGUAAAAUAUUUCAAUAAAAAGACUGUCUUCCUUCA